AAUAAUGUUCUGGAUUUAGUUGCCACAGGUGUAGAAAAGGAAAUGAAAGAAAAUGACGACCUUUUCCCGUUUGUAGAUGAUUAUGCUAACGCUCUUUCAUACGUGAUUACCAUUCUACAAAUGAAAGGAUGUGCUAUAGGGCAAAGUGAAAACUGUACCAUUAGUCCUCUAUCAUUUGAAACAAUUUUAAAAAAGGCAGAGGAUAAUCUUAUACGAAUAACAAAUCUUUGGCUGGAAACUAAUGAUGGACGUGGUCAACAGAGGACCAUUGACAAGAGGGACAUUCUUUCACUGACUGUUCUUAAAGAUAAAGGGAAAUAUUUGCCAUUCGACUUCACAACAAAGUACGGUUAUCUGAAGCUUCCUUACUUUGAAACCUUUCAAGACAGUCUUGGAGAUAAGAUUGUCGCCAUUAACGUAUUAACAUACAUCAAAAGCCCGUAUAACUACGUGAAUAACACAGAAGCCACAUCUUCAUCUAUAGUUAAACCGGUUGUAACCGACAAGAAAGGCAAACGUCUCAACCUUAAUGAUUUGGAUGAUCCCGUUGACAUGGCUGUUGAUAUGUCUCAGGUUUUUACUGCUACACACACGUGGUUGGAACCAGAAAUUCUUACGGAUGGAUCAUCUAUGGCGGUAGCAUUUGUUAAUGAAACUAAUGAAGCAUUUUCCGUGGAGUUUAAAAUAAAAUCUUUCCUCGAAUGUCAAAUAAAUGGUAUAUUUGGAUAUACUGGGUUACCGACUUAUUUAAAGAGGAAUAUUGCAGUAACAACUAAAGGCGUAAAAAAAGUGUUAAAGAAAACGCCAGAUGAUUUGCCAGUCUUUUUCAAAGACUCUGUACUUCAAAUAACAGUUUAUAAUACCAAAUAUCCAACAGAUGGCUACUUGGAUCCGUUAGUGUUAACUUUGAGUUGUCAAGAUGAUGUUGCAAGACGAAAGCGAAGAGAUUUAACUGACUACAUCGGUCAUUACUAUCGAGUUCAGAUUUUGAGUGUGGUUAAUCUUGCUGGUGUGCUGUGGAAGAAAUCAACAGCCUCGAAGAUUGUAAAGGCAGAGGGGGAUAUAUCUGUUUUCAGAAGUACCUUUUUCGGAACAUUUGGGUCUGAUGCCCUGAUCUCGUUACCUACUCCAAUUAAUUUCCAAGAAAUUUUCCUUAACUUUCUGGAAAAAUUAGAAUCCACUCCACAAGUGCUCGCCGCUGAGGUCUUUUUGAUAAUUUUUUUCAUUGUUAUUGUUAUACCUUUACGUAAAGCAGACCACAAUGACAUGCUGUUGUGGGAGUACCUACCAGUCCUUGAUAAUCAGCCUGAUGAUAAAUUUCAGUACUGUUUGUCCAUCUUUACUGCAAUAAAAUCUUCAAGACACCUGACAUCUACGGUUUACCUAAAAUUGACAGGAGAAAACGGAUCAACAAGUGAAAGAAUUAUUAAAACAAAUUGCAGAGAGGAUUUUCGAAGUGGCACAUGUUGUAAUUUUCUUUUGACAACUGAAGAACAUAUAGGAAAAUUGGAAUCCUUAACAGUGUGGCAUGACAACAAGGGAAAAAGUCCUGAUUGGAAGUUGUCAAAAGUUGUGGUUAUUGAUCUAUACACCGGAGAUCGUUUUGUGUUUUUGUGUGGAGAAUGGCUAUCCUUGAAAUACGACGAUGUAAAAACUUUCCGAAAACUUGUUCCUUUAACACCGGAAAUUAUAAAUGGUGAAGUUGUUUUCACAGAACUAAGUUUAAGAGGUUUUUUUGAUGACCACCUUUGGAUUUCGCUGUCAAAGCGACCAAACUAUAGUAGAUUUUCCAGGGUUCAAAGACUUUGGAGCUUAGUUGCUUUAUUGUUCUUGUCAAUGGUUGCAUCUGCUAUGUGGUAUAACGCUGAACCUACAGAAGAGGAGCAGUUAGCUAGUGGGAAUGUCCAACAGUCUGUCAAACUGGGUCCUUUUAGAUUUAAUUUAAAACAAAUUUAUGUUGGAUUAAUGUCUUCUUUGAUCACGGUUAUACCUUCGGUUAUAAUUAUUUCGUUGUUUCGUAAAAGAAACUUAAAAAGUGAAAGUAAAACAACUCGGAAAGAAAAUGUGGUCUUUAAAGAAAAGGAGCGUUCUCAGUGUAGAAUGCCUUGGUGGACUAUAUUUUUCGCAUAUUUUAUUAUUAUCUCUGCCAUUGCUGCAGGGGGUUUCUUCACAUUUCUUUAUUCUCUACAAUUCGGGUCGGAAAAGACGAAUGAUUGGCUGUUAUCAUUUGUGUUCGGAACUUUUGAGGGUGCAUUUAUGAUGGAGCCACUUAAGGUACUACUUCUUGCUUCUCUUCUUGGAUUAUGCUGCAAAAGUUCUACAGACGCAUUUUUGGAGUGCGCUGGAGAAAAUCACGUGCAUAAAGUAUCCUAUGUUGAUGCAAAAUAUCGACAAGAUCUUAUUUACUUUCCUUGCCCGAACACAGAUCCUGACGUGGAAAAACUGAGCAAACAGCGGAAAUUAGUCCAGUUGGAUAAAAAACUUAAAACCUUUGGUAUAUCCUGGAUAAAGUCUAUACUGUAUAUUCUUCUGCUCGCAAUAGUGUGUUCACACAAUACUAUUACAGAAGCCUUCAGACAGAAUGAGUAUAUGAAAGGAUCGGUCAAAGAUACAUUUUUGGCAAACACUACAGAUGACAUAUAUGUUUGGAUGCAAACUUAUUUUAUUCCAAACGUGUGGCCAAAGUGGUAUGGGAACCAGGCUCUGCGGUCUGCAUAUGAGCAAAGAUUUAUGUAUGACCAGUAUAGCUAUAGGAUCUCACAUUCCAUUUUAAGACAAGUCAGAUCAGGGAACUGCUCUACGAUUGAGGAAAUGACAAGCGCAGCCCCACGAUGUAUCGACGAUUUUAAGACUGAAGAAGAAGACAGAACAUUUUAUUGUAAAGGAUGGUUACCAUCAAUAUACGUUAAUGAAACUUGCUAUGAUGAAUAUGAUCCCAUUGACAACAGCUUCGUAUACCGUACAGCAGAGGAAUUGAAGUCAAUGAUGUAUAUAGGAGAUUUUGGCGUCUACGGUGGUGGAGGUUACAAGAUAGAUUUAGGACCAAAACAGUCGUUAGUGAAUCAUUACAUCAAUCAACUUCGUAACUUUUCUUGGAUAGACGGCUAUACACGAGCGGUAUUCAUCGAAACCAAUACAUUUAACGCGAACACUAGAUUGUUUACACAUUUGAAAAUAGUGUUUGAGCUAUCUGAAUAUGGUUCCAUUUAUAUGAAAACAACUGCUAAAUCUCUGAAUCUCUAUCCUUACGUCACAAGUAUGGAUUAUAUUGUGUUGGCUUGUCAGUUCAUCUUCAUGAUAGUUGUAAUUGUACGACUUGUGUUCUUUACUAUACGUGUUUUCAAAACAAGACAUACCUGUAUGACUACUUUUUCUUCUUGGGUCACAGCAAUUGACAUAUUAAUGUGUCUUAACGCGAUAGUGUUCUAUAUUUUACGAGUAGAUUCAACAAUAAAAACGGUGGAUGACAUAAUUGAAAACAAAGGGUCAUACGUGUCCUUUGAGUAUGUCCAGAUAUACGACUUGUUAUACAAAACAGCGUUUGGAAUAGUUUUCUUUUUCGGAGUUCUUGAACUUCUUCAACCGCUGACGAUGAACUACCAUUUCUUCAUCUUGCAAAAAUCCCUUUUAAGGGCCAGAUAUGAUCUUUUCAUGUCUAUAUUCUUAAUAUCACUGGCUAUCGUUUCAUUUGGAGCCUAUUUUUACCUUUCAUUUGGAAGAUAUGCUGACAACUUUAAGGAUUUAUACUCAUCCAUUAUUACUCUUCUUCGGAUGUUACUUGCAAUGAUUUCCUUUCGUUUAAAUCCCAGUUUAAACUCGGCAGAAGGAAAGGUUUUUACAAGCCUGUUUUUCUUUACUAUAUCAAUAAUUGGGAUAAAUCUUUUUAUAGCAAUUCUCUUCAGUCACUUUGCCUACGUUCAGGCUUUGCAGAAAAAGCUAAAUACACAAGAACAUGACAAGAAAAAGGAAAAAAUCGAGGAUACAUUUGAUUUUGAAUUGAAUGCGCAUGUGUGGAGACAACUUGAUCGUAUCACACAUAUAUUUUUAGAGAGAAAAGUACAUGCAGAGUCGUUACCUCAAUCUUUUCCGGACGAAGUCCUGAAGAAGCUGGACAUUUUAGAUCAGCAUGUCAAAUUGAAAUGCCAGGAUGAGUAUUGGUUUAUGAAGUUACUUGCCUGCAUGCUUUACCUCACUAAAACUCUUCGAUGGAAUAUGUACAUGGCAAUGGAUGUCACUGCAGACUACAGCAAAACAAUGAGAAUGAGAUACAAAUUUUUUUAUCCCUUUUUUAAAAAUCCUCGACUCACAAUCUACUUUCCCGAUGCCAGUAUAUCUCACGCACCCGAAAUACAGUGUUCCAGUCUGGCACAUCGAUAUUACCCUCUCCCUUCUCAGACAAAGGAACUUCUCUGUUCUGCAAAGACCAGGAUCUACGAACUAAAGAUUCAUGAUAAUCGGCCAUUUCAGAUGAAAGUUAAUGACAUCACAAAGAGAGAGACGAUUCUUGAGUUUGAAGACGAUUUCAUAACAGAUAAAGAUUAUCUAAUAUGUAGUUUUGACGAUAGGCAGUCAUGGCAUAGAUAUGCUCUUCGACCGAGAGACGAAAAAUUAUCAUGCUUUCUUCCAAAGCUUCCAACACAUUGCUUUGUGACAGGAAGACAGGGACAUACAAUUGUCAAUGAACAAAGCCUGUUUUAUUUCCCGGACAUAGAAAUUCAUCAGAUAAGAAGAGAAAGUUGUUCAAUUUAUAUGAAAGCAGACAAAAGAAUACGUAUAUCAUUUCCACCAGGAUGUGUCGAUGAUGAUUGUGAUCUCUAUUUGAUGAUGGACUUACCCGAGAAGCAGAUUUGUCCAUUCAUUCAUGUAUAUAUCACGAAGGCCGCCGGUUGCCCUGUUGAAAUCAGUUUGCCAAUAGUUAAUCAAGGAUUGAAGAAUACAGAGAAUUUGAUUAUAAUCAGGGAAGGAGACGGUGAAUGGAUGACCUUGAAUUCUGUGUUGAAAUUAGAUGCUGCUGGAUAUACGUUUGAAACUUCCAUUAUUAAAUCAAAUGUGCCGACAGUAUUUGGAAUAAAAGAAGCUGAACUGCCUUGGGUUGAAAAUGGAUUUGACCAAUUGGAUUCAAAAUUAAUCAAGGCAAUCAAUAUGGUUUCCCGUUAUAACUCUGUUGCUGCAAAAUGGAAGGAUAUCGCUCGUAGUCUGGAUAUAGAGAUUCCUCCCGUAUUUAACGAUAAAGAGACGGACAGUUAUGAAAUUGUUAAUCUGAGGGAGUAUAGUGAAAAUCAAAGCACAGAGGAGAGGAAAUUCAUUUUAAACAGAAUUACUGAUAUUCCAAUCAGCGCACAGGAGAAAUGUCUUUAUAUCAUGGCAGAGUGGUAUCGUUUAUUUCCACGCGGUUUAGUCGUGUCGUCAUUGAAGAAAGUAUUAGAAGACUGCAAUUUACACUAUAUUGCAGAACAACUGUAUCAGAGAUUGUAG